AUAAGUAGAGAUAUUUAAAUUCCUGUAGUAACUUCUGCAGUUCAUAUUUCCCUUCCUUGCAUGUUUUUUUUUUCUUUUUUCUUAUUUUCUUCUUUUUUUGUUGCAUUCUUCAAUACACAGUUGGUGAUUUUUUUUGUGGCCUUUUCUUCAGACACACAGGCACACACUUAUAGAACAUUAUUACUAAGUAACUAUGUCUGAUUGAAAGAAAACCUUGAACUAAAGCAUGGUUGUGCUUGGUUAUAUUAACUUAAGUAACCUAAUGUAAUUUCGUUUCACCAGGUAAUUAAGAAUCUUCUGUAAUUGUUCUUAUGAUAUAUUUAGCCUAAACUCAGUUCACUGUUUGUUUCUUCCACGUUGUUAUUGUUAGUGGUGGUGGUCAGUUCUUAGCAGUUAGUGCCAGCAGCGACGACAAGAGGUUUCUUUUCAUAAAACCUCUCAUGGUGGCAGAUAGGUAUCCUCUGAUAAAACAUUAGUGCAGCCCUUCUUGGCAAUGCCAUGCCACUCACUGCUCUGCUCAUUGUUCUGUGCAGCAUAAGCAUUGAAAUUACACCAUCAAGAAUAGCAGCGUGUUUAAAGCAGAGUGAAGAACGGAAUGAGCAGCAGUGAGUCUGAAAUCAAAAGGGCUGUGUGUAGAAGCCUAGCUUCAGGUCUGCUAAAAUUGCCUACCACUGCUUGUGCCGUAAGAGCUGUGUAUGAUGGCGAUGAUUUGGAUAAGUUUAUGGAAAGACUUGACAGUCGCAUCAAGAAUCAUGACAAAGAAAUUGAACGAAUGUGUAACCACCACUACCAAGGUUUCAUUGAUUCUGUACGGGAACUAUUACAAGUUAGCAAUGAUGCUGCAAAGCUCAAGGAUGAAAUCAAAACUACCAAUGAUGCCCUACAAAAGUCCUGUGCCCCACUACUGGAAAGGGGAGAAGAACUUAUCCAUUGCCGAAAAAUACAGAAGAACAUUGCCUCUGCAAUCGAGAGCUUAUCCUUAUGUUUGCCUGUGCUAGAGAUGUAUGGUAAACUUAAGGAACAGAUGAAAAGCAAGAGAUAUUACCCUGCCCUUAAAACUCUGGAACAACUCGAACACACAUUCCUUCCAAGGGUCAAUACACACUGGUUCUCUCAAACAAUGGCUGAUGCCAUUCCCAAGCUACGGGAGAGCAUUAAAGAUGCUUCAAUGUCUGACUUGAAAGAUUUCUUGGAAAACAUCCGCAAACAUUCAGCUCGGAUUGGGGAGGUGGCCAUGAGACAUGCUGCUGAGCAGAACAAUAUUGAUCCCUCCAUUGUGAAACAGAAACGUCGGCGUAGAGCACCACCACCCCCCAAUCCAUUCACUGGAGAGGUACCUCAAGUCCAAGAAGAAUCUGAGGAGGAACAACUAGAUGAAGAACUUAGUGCUCAGGACCUAAUUGACUUCUCACCAGUUUACAGAUGCCUUCAUAUAUAUUCAGUUUUGGGUGCACGGGAAACUUUUGAAACAUACUACCGGAAACAGAGGCGAAAACAAGCGCGUUUAUCCUUAAAACCUUCGCAAAACAUGUAUGAAAGUUUAGAUUCCUAUAAAUUGUAUUUUCAUGAUGUUGUUGGAUUUUUUGUGGUGGAAGAUCACAUUCUGAACACAACAAGUGGUCUUGUAAACCAGGCCUAUAUGGAUGAAUUAUGGGAAAUGGCUGUGUCAAAAAUAGCUGCUGAAUUGCGUAGGAAUUGUGGAUAUUGCAAUUCUGAGAAUAUCAUGUUGGAAAUUAAAAACCUUAUUCUUUUGUUCUGCCAUACACUGCGGGGCUAUGGUUUCAGUGUGGGGCACCUUUUAGAAUUAUUACUUGAGAUCAGGGAUCAAUAUAAUGAGAUGUUGAUGACAAAGUGGGCCGCAAUAUUUGACCUAAUCUUCAGUGAUGACAACUACACACCAAUGUACAUAGAAAAUGAGAAAGACUUUCAGACAAUUAUGGGAGAUUUUCCUUUAUCAGAACAAUUAACAGCGAAUGACUUUCCAAAACAGUUUCCUUUCUCUCAAUUUGUACCAAAAAUUUAUCACGAAGUCAAGGAGUAUAUUAACGCUUGCUUGAAAUUUUCAUCUGAUUUACAUUUAAGUCACACAGAAAUAGAUGAUAUGAUUCGUAAAUCAACUAAUCAACUUUUAACAAGAACACUUAGUGGCUGCUUAUCAACUCUCAUCAAAAAGCCCUCCCUCAGCCUUCUACAACUCAUCCAAAUUUCCAUUAAUAUGAAUAACUUAGAGAAAUCCUGUAGUUCAUUGGAAGAAUACAUUUCCAAUAUAACUGGUGCUGAGAAAGAUAGUAUUCAUGUUGCUAAACUACAUGGUACAUCAAUGUUUAAGGAUGCACGCAGUGAAGCAGAAGAAUAUAUAUAUAAACAGCUUAAUGUGAAAAUUGACGAAUUUUUAGAUUUAGCAAAUUAUGACUGGGCGUUAAUGGAAUCUAAAGGUCAUGCAAGUGGCUACCUCAUGGAUCUUAUCGCUUUUUUACAAAGUACAUUUAUGUCAUUCACUAACCUGCCAGAAAAGGUUGCCAGAACAGCAUGUAUGUCUGCUUGCAAGCAUAUAGCUUGUAGCUUGAUGGAUUUUGUGAUGGACAAUGAUGUCAAACAAGUUACAAUGGGUGCUUUACAGCAAUUUAAUUUAGACCUGAUUCAGUGUGAACAAUUUGCUGCAUCAGAACCAGUGUCUGGAUUUAAUGACGGGACGCUGCUGUUGGCUUUUGCUGAUCUCAGGCAGCUUCUUGAUCUGCUCCUGAACUGGGACUGGUCUGUUUAUUUGGCUGAUUAUGGUCAACCAAAGUGUAAAUAUGUUCGCGUCAAACCUGUUGUAGCUAUAUCACUCUUAGAAAAGUUAAAUAGUGGAGAUAAGAAGAAAUUCAUGUUUACACCAUUGAAGAAAAACGAAAGAGACAAAAAGAAACUUCUAGACACAGUGCUAAAACAAUUAAAAGGUCUAGUGAAUGGGACAGCCCCUCAGCAAGGCAGUGGCCAGUAAUGGUUUAGCUGGGGUUGGUUAUAGGACCUCAACUGACUCUCCUUUCCACAGUCCUUUCCUUUCCUUCUCCUCUUCCUGGCUGU